AUGGAACCCGAUGGGGCAUGCAAUGAUGACUACGGCGGAAACAUAACCACUGCGCACUGCGUACUGCGUACACCAUCCGGAAAAGAGCCAGAAGUUGCAUUGGACGUUUCUUGUUUGUCGAUCUGCUGUAUCUCGGUUCGAACCUCGAGAGUAUCAACAGUACCGGUUGGUCAAAACGCCCGCUGCCCAGCAAAUGCCCAGCCAGCCCACCCCGCUGAUUACGUUGCCCUCCUCUCCCAAGCCGGCGAACAUCCCGGUUUAGAGGCUUGGCUAGUGAGGCAGAUAAACCAGAUCCACGCUGGCUGCCAUCGAAAAUUGGGGCAAAUGGGGGCCAUGCUCCACCAGCUGCCACUUGGGCAAUGGGCAGUGGGCACAGGGCUAUUCAGUGGAAGCUACCCCCUCGCUGAGAUCAGAGCUAAGACCGCUGAACAAGCUCGACGAGGUCGUAUCCGAUGGACGAAGAAAAAUAAACUGCUACGACCGCGGCACUUUUUCUUUGGAGGAAACCCGAAAAGGAGGAAGCGGCAUUCUCGUGCUCCACCCGACGAGCGCACUAGCGACUUUUGUCAGCAGGACACCAAAUCAGGGGUCUCGCUGAUCGCUCCGGCCUUCCCCCUUAUGCCCCGGCCUGCAACAUUCUGA